CAGAGACGCGAGCAUCAGCCCAACAUCAUCAAAUCAAACACUUUCCUAUCUUUUGAAACUGCCCCUUGUUUGUCUUUUUAGUGUGUUCCUUUGGUUCCAAAGGAGAAAAAGGCCAAACCCCCAUUUCAUCCUCAUGUCUCCUCCUCACAAAUCCUUCUGAGAAUCAUUUCACUUCAGAAAUCUCUUCCAUUUCUCCCUUGAGAAAAUUCCCUUGUAGGAAGAGGUAGAGGUGAGGUAGAGGGAACAAACUAACGAAAAAUGGCAAUCUGCACCGUGUACACAACCCAAUCUCUCAACUCAACAUGCUCAGUCUCUAAACCAGCGAAACCUCAAUUGGGUUUCCACCAGAAGCAGGUGGUUUUCUACACCAAAAGCAGGAGAAGAUCGGGCAUGAGCAGCUGCGGCAGUAGUGUGAUAACGUGCUCAGCUGGAGAGCAACAGACAGUGGUCAUAGGGUUGGCUGCAGACUCUGGGUGUGGGAAGAGCACCUUCAUGAGGAGGCUGACCAGUGUGUUUGGAGGAGCUGCGGAGCCCCCAAGGGGUGGGAACCCAGACUCCAACACACUCAUCAGUGACACCACCACUGUCAUAUGCUUGGAUGACUAUCACUCACUUGACAGAACUGGAAGGAAGGAGAAGGGUGUGACUGCGCUUGACCCUAGAGCCAACGAUUUUGACCUCAUGUAUGAGCAGGUUAAAGCUAUCAAGGAUGGAAUUGCUGUUGAGAAGCCCAUCUACAACCAUGUCACUGGCCUCUUGGAUCCUCCCGAGACCAUCAAGCCUCCCAAGAUCCUCGUCAUUGAAGGUUUGCACCCCAUGUACGAUGCUCGCGUAAGAGACCUCUUGGACUUCAGUAUCUAUUUGGACAUUAGCAAUGAGGUUAAAUUUGCUUGGAAAAUUCAGAGGGACAUGGCUGAGCGAGGACACAGUCUUGAAAGCAUCAAAGCCAGUAUUGAAGCCCGAAAGCCUGAUUUUGAUGCUUAUAUUGAUCCACAGAAGCAGUACGCGGAUGCAGUGAUAGAAGUGUUACCCACUCAGCUCAUUCCCGAUGACAACGAAGGCAAGGUUUUGAGAGUUCGAUUGAUCAUGAAAGAAGGGGUGACGUUUUUCAGCCCGGUUUACUUGUUCGAUGAAGGCUCCACCAUCUCAUGGAUCCCCUGUGGGAGGAAGCUUACAUGCUCUUACCCUGGCAUCAACUUCUCCUACGGCCCCGACACUUACUACGGCCAUGAGGUUUCUGUUUUGGAGAUGGAUGGACAAUUUGACAGAUUAGAUGAGCUCAUUUAUGUUGAGCAUCUGAGCAACAUCUCGACCAAGUUCUACGGUGAAAUCACCCAACAGUUGUUGAAGCACUCCGAUUUCCCAGGAAGUAACAACGGAACUGGCCUCUUCCAAACCAUAGUUGGGUUGAAGAUAAGAGACCUCUUUGAGCAAAUCGUCGCCAGCCGGGCUGCAACUCCCUUAGAAGCAACAAAAGCCUAAACCCACUGCCUUACAUAUUGGAGAAAUGUCUUCCUACUCAUUCAGCAUUUCCUUUUUUCCCCACCUCCCUCACUAAGCUCUUUCUCAUGUUUCAACUUUGGGUGUUAGCCUAUUCCUCAUAAGAAUGAGAACACUCUCAUAUGUAUUUGUUUCCUCAUGGGAUUCUGUGGAGAUAUGUAGUAUAGAGAAGCAAAAACAGUCAAGAACAUCAUUCAACAUUCAACACUUCUUGGAA